CUACAGUCCCUUCAUGAAUCCACGGAAGAAGGUGGACUUGAAGCUCAUCAUCAUCGGAUCCCUGGGGGUGGGGAAGACUUCGCUCCUUCACCAGUACGUGCACAAGACGUUUUCCGAGGAUUACCAGACCACCCUCGGGGCCAGCAUCCUCUCCAAGAUCAUCAUCCUGGAUGACACAACGCUGAAGCUGCAGAUCUGGGACACAGGUGGACAAGAGCGGUUUCGUUCCAUGGUGUCCACGUUCUACAAGGGCUCCGACGGCUGCAUCCUGGCCUUUGACGUCACUGACCUGGAGUCCUUUGAAGCCUUGGAGACCUGGAGAGGAGACGUUCUGGCCAAAACCAUUCCCAUGGAGCAGUCCUACCCCAUGGUGGUGCUGGGCAACAAGGUCGACCUGGCCGAGCGGCAGGUGCCCCGAGAGGUAGCCCAAGGUUGGUGUAAAGAGAAGGAUAUUCCCUACUUUGAAGUCAGUGCCAAGAGUGACCUCAAUGUGGUGCAAGCCUUUGAGAUGCUGGCCGGUCGGGCUCUGUCCAGGUACCGGAGCAUCCUGGACAAUUACCUCACGGACUCCGUCAAGCUCUCCCCCGAAGACCCGACCCAGAGGCGAUGCUGCUAGUCCCGACUCCCUCAGACCCACUGAGCCUGGUCACCCCAGGCCCCAUGAGCACCACCACUGCCCAGGCACGUGGCCAGAUGCCCCAGGACUGUGCCGAGCCCGCCAUCAGAGGACUGGCGAUGGCUUGGCGGGAGACCCAGACUACCACAGCCAGACCCUGGCCCCGGAGAGUCGCCGGCCACUCUCCUCAGAGAACCUCCUGCCCCAGUGGCUCCUGGGCCACUCCGAGGCUGACCUUCAUCACCACCCACCCCUCAGGAGCGGGUGAAGCUCAGCUUCCUUGAGGGCCCGUGGCCAGAGGCGUGGAACUUUGAGGGGCAGCCCUUCCAGACGCUCAGGAGCAGCAUGGGGGUCCCAGAAAGACCCCAGGAGUCUCUUGAGCCCGGACUAUGCUCUGUUCACCUCGCAGCGGGCCUGGGAGCCCCACGGCCCUGCUCACCUCUUGGUCGCUCUCCCAGGCCUCACACUGCUGAGCGAGAAAGGCAAAUGACAUGGACUUUAAGCCAAUAUUCCCAACUAGCAGCAAUUGCUUGAGAGAGGUGAAAUAACGGGAUCAAGAGGUCUGGGAGGGGCUAGGACUGAGGGCUGUUUCGGACUAAGUAGUCCUGGAGGGCUUUCCUGAGGAGGCAGUAUUUGGCCUGAGGUCAAGAGAAUAAGAAAGGGACUGCCAGCUAAGAUCUGAACAAAGAACAUUCCAGAGAGAGGAAGCAGCAAGGGUCAGCGCCUGACUGCAACAAGGACAAGCUUGGAACUCAGAAAGGACACUCACCCCUGGAAGGCUUGCUGUGCCUCUGCCAACUGGCCACGAGAGGGCAGUGGUGCUCCUUCGGGCUCAGGCUCAGUGGCGAGCUGGGGGCCCCUUUCCUUGCAGUGAUGCGCAAAGGCAGCUCUGGGCGUUGUCAGCCCUUUGAAAUUGGUGGGAAGGAGAAUCCCAGGGUCUCCGGCCUUGGAAGAAAUGGGCCCAAACUGCUACGUUGAUGAUUCAGGCAAGAUCCGCUUAGGGAGGCGGGGCGAGCACUCAGCAGGCUGAGCGCAGGCCUCCAUGGGGGGAGGGGGGCUGGGUUUGACCCUGGCGCUGUCUAUGGUCCCCCCAGCACAGGCAGGGAAAAUGUCCAAGCUCAGAGCUGGGAGGAGCCCCUGAAUACAGCCAGGGGUGGCUGACGAUUUUUGAAUUGUAAUAAAAAAUAUUUAAUUUUUUUUAAGGUACACUUUGCUGACCAGGACUAGAAUAAUAAACAGACUCUAAGGUCAGAAUCUCUGACCUGGCAGUGGCCGCAUACACAGAUGCAGCCCAGCCUGGAGGAAGCGAACAGGAUGACCCCUCGGGGCUCCUGGGAGGCUGCUGGGGUCAC